AUGGUGUUCGUGACUGAUGUGCGUAGUCAUAUAAAGAAUGCGUCUGGACUGCAACCACUAUCACUCAGCACCCACGCACUUUCACCUCCUGCACAGGAAUUGUUUGGAGUGGUGAAUGACGUCGUCCGCCCGCCUUGUCCCUACAAAAUGGGUUCCGCUGACACCACGCCCCCAAAAUUUGUGCCAUCGUUUCGGUUUCCUGUAUAUUUAGAUAUUAAAAGUUUCAUUGAGACAACGAAGACAACCAUCGCAAGACUUCUUAUCAUAUUGCUGACAAUUGUUCCUGGUGAAUCACUCAAAGAAGACGUAGCUAUUGAAGAAAAAGAAAUGAUUGGUAUGGUGAAUGUCCCAUGCGAUUCUCCUAUAGAUUUCUAUGCAGCCCCUCAUCGCAAUGAAUCUUCUCCAAACUGCACCGAGUUAGAUGACGUUCCGAAAACGCCAACCAAACGAACUCCCUCCUACAGACCAUUGUUCAUGAGUCAUCGGAAGAAAAUCGUGUACAGCCAGGAUGGCAGGAAGUAUAGCGAUGGUAUAGCUCUCGAGAAAUCAGAGCCGAACAAGCUAUGGGAAGAGCUAAUUCUGCGAUCGUUCGCCCACCGCUUCGAAGAAGAAAUCAAGAGUCCGGUUGAAUCAUAUAAAACUCUUGAAUCAGAACUAGAGAAGCUUGACGUGAAAGACAAAUCAUUGUAUCGGUCCACUUACUCGCUGGUAUCACCUAAUCGGGUUGAAGGAUCUGAAAUCCAUUUGGAUGCACCGAAGAAUACACAAAGGCAGAAGCGAUCUUUGUCCACGGAUCGACCACUGCUGCCGUUCAUAAAAACCAUAAAAGGAAAAAAGAAGUCAAAAAAACAGUAG